AUGUUUCAUACUUGUGAAAUAUCAACAUGUAACUGUAUAGCUCUUAUAACAUGUAUUUGUUGUAAGAAAAGUCUUUGUCGAGAACAUUUUGUUGAACAUGAUUAUUUACUACGUCCAAAAUUAAAUAAUUUAACUAAACAAAUCAAUAAACUUUUUGAUCAAUUCGAAUCUUUUGAUAUGAAAACCGUUAUGAGCGAUAGUCUUAAAAAACUUGAUGAAUGGCGUUUGGAUGCUUAUCAAGUUAUCGAUAAAUUUUACGAAAACAAAUGCACAGAACUCAAUUAUUAUAUUAAUAAUAUAUUGAAUAAAUACGAAAAAGAUAUCAACGAUCUACAAUUAAAAAUAGAAAAAAUGAUUUAUAUACAACAAACAACAAAUCAUAAUAUCGAAUUAUUAACAAAAAAUAUUCAAACUUUACAAGAACAAAUAAAUCAAAUUAAAUAUAUAUCUAUUCAAGUUGAUAUUCGUCCAUUAGUCAUAAUAGAUAAAUUAAUUGAUGUCAAUUUUAUAACGGAUUUAUCGAAAUUAUCAACUCCAUAUCAAACAAUUCAACGUAUACCUUUAAGUUCAAAUGCAAUGGCUAGUAAUAAUCAAUAUUUAUUAAUACAUCAAAAUUGGAAAUUAUAUUUAAUCGAUGAAAAUUUAUUUAUAAUUCGUCAAAAUCACUGGUUUUAUGAUCAAAUACAAGAUAUGUGUUGGUCAACAAUUUUAAAUUGUUUUCUUAUUAUAACAUUACAUGAUAUUUAUCAAGUUGAAAUAAAUACAUUAUUAGUUAAACAAAUAAAUACAACAGAAAAAAACGUUUGGCAAUCUUGUACAUGUUCGGAUACAUCUCUCUAUUUAUCAAAUGAAUCGAUUAUUGAAUUUAAUUUAAAACCUUCGAUUCAAUAUGUUAAAUCUUAUAAAAGAAAUGAAACAAUUGAUCAUAAACAACGUAUUGAUAGUAUUGAAUAUAAUAAUGGAAAACUUAUUUUAGCUAUUAAUGAUCAAUCUAAACAAGAAAUAUUUAUUGAGCUUCGAUUAAUAACAACUUUUGAUUGUUUAUGGUUAUGUCAACUUAAUAUCGAAUAUAGUGAACGAAAAAUACAAUGUUGUUUGUAUAAUUAUGAUACAUGGUUAAUAGCAGAUUGGGGAAGUUUAUCUUUAAUAUAUCUUACAAAAGAUGGAAAAAUAAAAAAUACGAUUGAAUAUCAGGAUGAAAUUCAUUAUAUUCAUCAAUUUGGUUCAAAUAAAUUAGUUAUUUCAACUGAUCAUAGUAUUCAUUUUCAUAAAUUAUAA